AUGAGGCUAUUUACUCACAAUAUGCUAUCCUCCAAUAUCAAGGGAGUUGCCAACGGCUUCCCUCUACGAAUCGAGGUAGAGCAAGUGCUCGAAAAGCAAGUGGACUUCAACCCCGAUUUCCUCAAAAACUUGUUCCCAAAGCUCGAGUGGAAAGCCCUUGUCGACGCGGCACGAACCAUGGGCUACGCCGAGCUUCCGGAGGAGGCCGAUUCAUUGAUGCUCGAGUCUGAGGAAUUCUUAAGGAAAUUUCACCACGCGCUUUUGGAGCUUCAUCUCGAAGAAGGGGCUUUGGUUUGUCCUGAGACUGGAAGAAAGUUUCCGGUUAAUAAAGGGAUUCCUAAUAUGCUUCUUCAUGAAGAUGAGGUUCCAGAUUUGGCCUGUAAUCAAGUCUUAUGUCCAACCAUAUGUGAGAGAUACGGGAAAGUAGACUAG